AUGGUAAAGGAAAACAAAGACUUCUUAGUGGUUUUGAAUGAGCAUUUGAAGAAGCACAAUUUGAUUUGUAAUGAGAUUUUUACUGCACUCAAAGCAUCAUCAGACCCUGCAAAGUUGGCGUUGCACGCAAUGCAGGGAAUCUACCAUUUGAAUUCAAGUGCAAAAAAUCACAAGUUUGGUAAGAGUUUUGUUGGGAGAAGCUGCAUUGUUUUGUCAGAGUCAUUAAUGAAAGCCUCAUCGGAGAUCAAUCCUCAAGAGAGGAAUGAAGCAAUGAAGUUGGCACGUGAUUGGAAGGCUAAGAUCAUUGCAGCAACUGAGAAUCGUUUUGCGGUGUUCAGUUUUUUGCAGUUUGUAGCUAGCUAUGGAUUGGCCUCUACCAUUGAUGCAAAUGAGCUUCGCAGUCUUCUUGAUGUCGUCGGUCUGAACGGGCAGGCAUUGCAAUUAAGUUCAUCCAUUUGCGCCGUAGAUAAAGCAACAGAUGCUGCGGAAUCUAUACGAAACCAUAUCCAAAGGGGGGAAACCAUCCAUGCCCUUAGACAUAUUUGUGAGCUGAAGUUUACUGACAAGUUUCCGGUAGAACCAGUAUUGACUGAAUACUUGGAAUAUGCACAGAAUUACACAACAAUUAUGUUUAACAAGGGUAGCAAAUAUGAUGAAGCUAAGAAGAAGGUGAAGGACAAAGAAGAAGCUGCUCUGCGAGCCGUUGCAGAAUGCAAUCUCGAGUCCGAGUUCCCAAUCAUAAGCCUGGCUGAAAGAAUUUCGAAGCGUGUGGGUGUUCUGGAAAAGAUGGGCCAAUCAGUUAACCUCGAGGUUGAGCAAUCGAAGAAGCGUAGAAACAACAAUUUUGCUCUGCAGGGUCAACAAGUGCGGAUUAGAAUCCAGAUUCCCGGGAUAAUUGGAGGCAAUAAUGAUGCACUUUGUGCCAAUUCGAGUGGCAGGAAGAAUGCUGGCAUGCCAGACACUGACCAAACUAGGCAUCUUAGAUCAUUGCAACUUUCAGGUACUAUUUUACAAGAGCAAUUUCAUAUGGUUCAGUGA